AUGCAAGGAGAAAUCGCUCCAGCUUAUACCAUUCCAAGCAAACGAGAAAAUUUUUCUAGUACAGCAAUUAAGAUCGCUCCAGGCCCUGGAAACUAUAAUAUAUCGUCCGAUUUUUAUAAUUUUGCAAAAAAGCACUCAUUUCCCAAAGCACCGAGAUUAGAAUUAAAGCCUCAAACUUUGAUUCCAGGCCCAGGAGAAUAUAAAAUCCCUGGAACAAUUGGCAACGGCCCAAAAGCAGUUUUGCAAGGAAGGCAUGAGACAGAAUCAAACUUAUUAACGCCAGGUCCAGGCCAUUAUUCCCCUAACCGUCUUGAUGGCUUGCUAAGCUACAGUUUUGGAAUGAAAUUUGAAAAGAGAAUAAAAAAUGAUUCUCCAGGUCCUGGGGCUUACGAUACAAGAACAAAACAAAAUAAUUCUCCUAGGGCAAUGUAAAUCUUAUUUAGAUUUGGAUCUUCCAAAAAAGGAUUUGGAUCUUCAAGUGGAAGAGACUCUCCUGGGCCAGGAUAUUAUCAAACUUUUACAGAAGCUACGUCACCGAAGAUUGUGUUCGCUAAGUCUAAAAGAGAUAAAGCAGAUAUACAGUCUGCAAGUCCAGGACCUGGGUAUUAUACUAUAUCUAGUGACUGGAGUCAAUGCCCGAAAGCAUUACUACUUAGCAAGCCAUCAGGUAGCUCAAAAAAUUCUGAAAUACCUGGACCAGGCACUUACUCUCCAAAAGUUCACGAAGAGUCUUUUUCUUAUUCAAUUGGCAAUGCUCAAAGAACAAUGCUAGAGCCAAGAAGCAUCACACCAUCUCCAGGCCAGUAUGAUGCAAGAAAGGUAUAUGGAUCUCCAGCUUAUAGUUUAGGGAAAGGGAAAAGACUUAAAUUACCAACAUCCAUAACCCCAGGGCCAGGACAAUAUUCUUCUAAUCCACCUGAAGAAGGGGUCAAAAUUACUAUUGUAGGGAGAUAUAAUAAUCCUGCACGUUCAGAAUCCCCAGGACCAGCGCAGUAUUCUCCAAAUUCGACUGCCAUUUUAGAAAAAACAUCAGGGCCUAUAUUUGGGACUGAAAAAAGGCUUAAAGAAGAAAAAGAAGAAAAAUGGCCUUCCCCUGGAGAUUAUGAUAUUAAUCUCAGGAAAAAAGGCAAAGCAUUUUCUUUUUCAAAAGAAAAAAGAGACAAAAGCUUAAAAGCAACGACGCCAGGGCCUGGACAAUAUACAAUCGGAAGUACCCUAGGGAAAGCUGGACUUGCUGCAAUUAAUAAUAAUUAA